GCCGCCCCUCAGCACGCACGCAACGCAAACGCAGGCGCAGAGACGAGACGCCCGCAGGCACAGCACAGCCAUUUUCCCUUCUCCACCUCCCUCGCCUCCUCGAUCUCUCCUCCCUCCUCCCCUCUCGCCCCCACCCCACCCCCGCGCCGACUACCAACCGCAUGCGCCAUGCAGCCGGGGCCCACCUCGCCGCCGCCGGGCCCGGACAAAUCCGAGGCGCCCGCGCCCCUGCCCGACGCGGACGCCCGGGCUGACGACGACGUGGUCAAGGCGGCGGCCCGCGGGGAGGACCACGGCGAGAGGAGGGCCGCCACCACCGCAUCCGCCCGGGGCAGGAAGAGACGGAGGCGCGGCGGCGGCGGCGGCCCCUCCUCCUACUUCUCCACCUCCUCCUCCUCCUCCCGCUCCCCUUCCGCCGCCGCCGCGGGGACGCGCGGGGUCGUCAUGGUCAAGCGGGACCUGCUCGCGCGCUGCAUGACGUGCCCGCUCUGCCGCCGCCUCCUCCGCGACGCCACCACCAUCUCCGAGUGCCUCCACACGUUUUGCAGAAAGUGUAUAUAUCAGAAGUUUGAUGAUGAGGAAGUAGAAUGCUGCCCAGUAUGUAAAAUUGAUCUUGGCUGCACACCUACUGAGAAGCUUAGAGCCGAUCACAGCUUACAAGAUGUAAGAUCAAAACUUUUUCCGUUCAAAAGAAAGAAGAUUAAUGCAGAAGAAGUUCCAUCUAGUAUUUCACUUCCCACUAAAAUUAAAGAAAGAUCUAUCUCUUCAUUAGUCGUCGAUGCACCUAAAGUAAAACCAACAGGCUUGACUGGACGGCGAACAAGAGCAGUUGCCAGAAAAGCUGCUGCCGCUGCCGCUGCUGCUACCUUGCGCGAACUUGGUCCAAUUAUUGAAGAUCCUGUGAAAAAGGAAAUUGAUAGUUGUGACAGUCAUUCUCAAAAUUCAAAUUUGCCUGCUAAUUCAAGCAAAGCACCACAAACAAGAAGACAGAUACCACCUAAUGCGGAGGCAUCUAACCAUUCCUCCAACAAAGAUACCGAAGGUGAUAGUAAGGAUGACUUGGCAGAUAAGUCUGAACUCUGGCGUCCUUUAAAUUGUUUAGUAGAAGCUGCGAACAGGACAAAAUCCUUUAGGUCAAGUUCACAGAGUCCAGUUGUUAAGGGAGAACAUAUCAAUGGCUCUACAAGUGGUACAUUUGCUAGCAAAGCAAAGGCAAGGGAGAAUCUGGAGAAGUCCAAAACUGAGGAUGACAAAAAAGAUGCACCCACGCCACCCGUGCUGCCAAAAAGAAGAGCUCAAGGUACUGCACGGAAGAGGAAAGAUCUUCAAGCUCCAACAGAUGUGAAGCCUGAUGCUGCAGCUGCACAGAGUGCAAAGAAGUUCCGCUCCAUAUGGUUUUCAUUGAUUGCCUCGUUUAACCAGCAAGGAGAUCCACCUUUACCACAGAUUCCUUCCCACUAUUUGCGAAUAAAAGAUGGAAAUGUCCCUGCUUCAUCUAUCCAAAAGUACCUCAUGCAGAAGCUCAGUCUUCCUAGUGAGUCUGAGGUGGAAAUAAAGUGUUGCGAGCAGCCAGUGAACCCUUCACAACCUCUAUGCAAUUUAGUAGAGCUGUGGCUGAAGGGAAGAGAGACACAGACAACUCAGACCAUGACCGGCUCAUCAGCUAAAGAGUUUGUGAUGGUGCUAACAUACGGACGGCCAAAGGCCCCUGCAAUGUGAAGGCACCAUGCAAACAUUCAGGCCCUCAAACCUAUUUUUCCUGUGAGGCAGCCAUAGCCAGCCAAUUGUUGGCCCUUUGCAAGAGGUCAUCAAAGAUAACUCUCCCUGACGACACAGCCUCACAAUAUGCAGUGGCUGGCUCUUCUUCAGAGCUAGCCCUUGGUGUCACAUUCAUGUAUUCUUUGAUGUUAUAGCAUACGUUGUUUUGAUUCCUUUAGGAUGUCUUUUUCUUAUUUAUUAUACAUCGAUAGUGGUAUAGAUAGAAAGUUGUGAUUGAUACUUGUAGGUAUCAUUGAUGUUUUGGUUGGUCAUAAAUUAUAUAGGGAGAGAAACUCGUAGCCUUUGCUUGUAAGAGAUGACCAGAGAUGAUUGCAGAGUCUUUCUGCUGUAACGUGACUUAUUGUAACACCAACUUGUAACUCUAUAUUUGUCUUUGAACUCGUUAGUGACUAUUUUUUUUUUGGGGAUCGACUCAUGCAUUAGAUUCCUAA